GCGGAAAGAGCCUUGCACGAUCAGACUAACAUUUUGCCUAUCGGGCAAUUGCUGGUUGUCUUCACGGGGCUCGCAGUUUCUCUGCUUAUCACUUUCGUUGACCAAAAUGGUAUCAGCGUAACUCUUCCCACAAUCGCCCGAGAUCUCAACGCCCAGGAUACUAUCUCAUGGGCAGGCACUUCAUCCCUUAUUGCGAAUACCAUGUUCACGGUGCUUUAUGGCCGGCUGUCUGAUAUCUUCGGCCGAAAGAUAGUCUACUUGUGUGCUUUGGCACUCCUUUGCAUUGCCGAUCUAUUGUGCGGUCUAUCUCAGAAUGCUCCGAUGUUCUAUGUCUUUCGAGGAUUGGCUGGUGUAGCUGGCGGCGGUGUC